GCAGCUUUCUACGCAACUUCAUUGUGCAUUCGUCCAAUCAUCUCAAUUGUGAUAGUUUCACGAGGUAUCCUUUUGGAGAUGGAUGCAGCCAGUGGCUGGAUUUAACAAGCAGUGACUGAAACUGUAUCGUACCUCUACCUAUUUCCGCCGGAUCCCCGCCAGAAACGUGCUUCGCUCUUUCCGUCACUUCCGCACAACCAUACCUAAGAAUGUUGCCAUUAUGGUGCUCCCUAGAUGUGCCUCACAUAUUAUCAUUGGCCAACAGCUUUGAAAAAGCCACAAUGCUGUACGACCAAAAAUGAUGCAGAUAUAAAAUACGAGUAACAUGCCAUACAUGGCUAGGAAUAGGGCUUUGGGUACCACCACAUCACCGUAUUUGUCUCUCAUAGCCUUCUCUCCUCUCCCUCUCAUUCUCUUCACUUCCUAAUCUCCACUAACCAUGCCCUACCUCUUCAAACAUUCCGCCGUAGGGACCACAGCCCACUACAUCAAGCACCGCAGCUUCGACUUCUCCCGCAGUCCCAGCAAACUCAUAUCAGAAACUUCUUCGGCCGAUGGCGUCCCUUUCCCUCCUACUGCCGAUGAUGCCAUUAACGCAGAGCUCAAGCAAGACCAUUCCAGCCUCGUCGACUGGAGCGGCCCGGAUGAUCCGUCCAACCCCCAAAACUGGCCAAGGAGCCACAAAAUCCUCAUGACCGUCGUCAUCUGCUUGUACACAUUCGCCGUGUACGUGGGAUCCUCGAUAUACUCCUCUUCAGAGACAGGCGUGGUCCAGACAUUUGGCGUCAGUCACGUCGAGGGGUCAUUAGGAUUGGCGCUAUAUGUCUUGGGCUACGGAGUAGGAUGUCUCUUGUUCUCGCCGCUGUCGGAGAUACCUGCCGUGGGACGAAAUCCCCCGUACGCAAUUUCGGGAUUUCUAUUCGUUGUCCUGUGCAUACCGACUGCACUGGUAAACAACUAUCCAGGCCUCAUGGUUCUCAGGUUCUUACUGGGUUUCAUGUCGAGCCCGUGCCUAGCUACUGCAGGUGCUUCGCUCGCAGACAUAUGGACACUGGCCGAGUUUCCCUUCGCUGUCGCGCUGUGGGCUGCAGUUGCAUCCUUUGGUCCGGCUCUGGGACCUACGAUUUCCUCAUACGCCGUGAAGCACCUUGGAUGGCGAUUUUCAAGCUGGGAACUAAUGAUCAUCUCGGGACCGUUGUACCUGCUGAUGCUAACAACAAUGCCGGAGAGUGCUGGGCCGACGAUUCUAUACUACAAAGCGAAGCGUCUGCGGGAAGAGACGGGGAACCCGAGUAUCAUGUCGGACGCGGAACACAAGCAGAAGAACCUGCACGCGAGCACGCUGCUGUACGAGGCGUUUAUCAAGCCGUGGGAGAUCAACGCGCUGGACCCCGCCAUUCUAUUCACGACCGUGUACAUGGGGCUUUGUUACGGAAUUUACUACUCUUUCUUCGAGUGCCUCCCACUCAUCUACCCCGUCUUUUACCACUUCAGCGCCGAAUCGACCGGCCUUAUCUUCCUCGCCAUUGUGCCCGCUUGCUUCCUAGGCUUCGCAAUCCAAGCCGUAUACCUAAAGUUCAGAGUCUUCCCGCGCCUUACCGACGGCACGUUUGGUGAACUAGAAAACCACCUCAUCCCCGGCAUGGUGGCAAGCCCGUUCAUCGUCAUUGGCCUCUUCAUCAUCGCGUGGACGGCGCGCCCGAGCGUGCACUGGAUGGCGCCCACGGUAGGUCUGGCUAUUGUCCUCAUCGGCACAUACUUUAUCGUCCAGUCCAUCUUCCUGUACAUUCCCAACAUCUACCCUCGGUAUGCGGCGAGUAUUUUCGCUGCAAAUUGUCUGGCGCGCGCGUCGCUUGCUUUUGCUGCUGUUCUGUUUGCGCGCCCCAUGUUUGAGCGCCUCGGCGUUGCUGGGGGUGUGAGUCUGUUGGCGGGCUUGACGGCCGUGUGUACGGUCGGUAUGGUUGCGUUGUUUUGGUUUGGAAAGCGGUUGAGGGAGCGGAGUAGGUUUGCUGUCGCUUAG